CGAGCGGCGAAUUAUCUGCAAGGCUGCAAACAGGAACAAGAACGGUGGACGUAUUUGUUUAAAAGAAUUAUUAAAUUGUUAUAGCAUAAGUGUUAAAAUACCUGCUCUUUAUUUGCUAAUAUUAUUUGAAGCUGAAACAUGUCAGAAGAAAUUACAGAAGUUGACGAUAGUAUCUUCAACGCGUCUGUGGACAGCGUUCAGAAUGGCGAUGAUAUAUCUCUUAAUCCAAUGGAAGAUGGUGAUCCGGAUUUAGAAGCCAUUCGAGCAAGAGUCAAAGAAAUGGAAGAUGAAGCUGAAAAAAUUAAACGAAUGCAAAAUGAAGUAGAAAAGAUGAAUGCACCUACACCUGGUAAAACUCUUUCAGCGGGUGUGUUAUCUUUAAGCUACGAGGAGAAGAUGGAAGUUGAUUCUCGGUCUAUUUAUGUAGGUAAUGUUGAUUACGGUGCCACAGCAGAAGAACUGGAGCAGCAUUUUCAUGGCUGUGGUUCUAUUAAUAGGGUCACAAUACAAUGUGAUAAAUACAGUGGGCAUCCGAAAGGAUUUGCAUAUAUUGAAUUUGCGGAUAAAGAUUCUGUGUCCACAUCUACCGCUUUAGACGAGUCUCUAUUUCGAGGCAGACAGAUAAAGGUUUUACCAAAACGUACAAAUCGCCCUGGUAUUAGUACUACAAACCGAGCUCCAAGGGGAAGAUUUCGUAGAUUAUCAAGACCAUCCUACUAUGGAGGUUACAGACCAAUGAGAAGAUCAUUUAGACGACGAAGUUGGUACUUUCCAUACUGAUAUUCAUUCCAUUGUCCUUUUUAACUGUCACCUCAUCUAAUGACUUGGUAAAAUGUGUGCAUCAAAGAAAAAAAAUAAAAGAAAAAAAAGAGAAAAAAGAAAAAAUAAUAAUAAAAGAAAAAAGAAAAAAAUAUAUAAAACAGCAAAAAAGAGAAAAAAAAGGAAAAUAUUGUAUAAAGAAAAAAAGAAUAUAUAUGGCUGUAGAAAAGAAACUGAAUAAUAAAAUGUUCAUAAAUUAAACUGCCUGUCUAUUUUACUUCCAAUGUUUUGCAUUUUGCAUUAUCAACAAUAAUUUCAAACCAUGCUUAUGUUAAUAAAUAAAUACCUUUGUGCUGAGAAAUAACAGGAAAUAUCUAAGGUUGUUUAGCAGAAAUGAACAGAUUGUAAACAUUAGCACAAAUAAACAAUUCUGUUUAUUUGUGCUAAACAACGUUGGACAUUUCCUGUCAUGCUUAUGUUGUUUCAAAACAAUUGCACCUAUUAAUUGCUGUCUGAAAAGUUGAAAAAGUAAAGCUUAAUUGUUUUAAACUUAUACAGGGUUUGUUCUAAUCUGCCAUACGA